UUUACUCUUCGUUUCAUAACACUAAUCUUCAGAAAUAAAAACUACAACGACUAAUAAUGCUGCCCUAAAUAAAGAUUUCCACAUCAUUAUUUUCUCUAGAAUAAAACCAAAAUGAACACGAAAACAAAUCCCUUCAUUUCCCCCUCUGCAUUCUCUAUCCUCAGCCUCUAAAUGCUGAAAUUUCUGCGCUCUUGUUGCUGAAGUGCGCUCCAGUUUUAAAUCUUCUCCUCCUUCCUCCUCCUCCAACCCAAAACGCACGGAUCCGCUCUCCGGUUGGAGCUGCGCGCUGAUUGGUCCGCUGCCUCUUAUUAUCAGCCAGUCAAGCCACAUCACAUGGUUCGGCCUCAUGGGCCUAUUAACACACGAGCUUGGAGAACAAGUUUGCAGACUUGUGUUUGAGAGGCGAGAGGAACGGAGCUGCUCUGAGCGGACACAAACCAGAGACGCACCUGCACACACAUUCGUCGCUUCAGGCAGAACUUUUUGGCGUCUCUUUGACUUUUCUUUGGCGAGGGUUUGUGAACUUUUAAUCCAUUUUUUUUCCAUGUGCGUGUGAGUGAUCGUUAAAAGUCGCCUGAAUGUAUAACAUGAUGGAAACCGAGAUCAAGACCCCGCUCCCGCAGUCCAACUCGGGCUCGGCGCCGGGCGCAAAGAACAACAGCGCCAGCGACCAGGAGCGGGUGAAGCGGCCGAUGAACGCCUUCAUGGUCUGGUCCAGGGGUCAGCGGAGGAAGAUGGCUCAAGAAAACCCCAAAAUGCACAACUCUGAAAUCAGCAAGCGGCUCGGUGCUGACUGGAAACUUCUGACUGACUCCGAAAAAAGGCCGUUCAUUGACGAGGCCAAGCGUCUACGGGCGAUGCACAUGAAGGAGCACCCGGAUUAUAAAUACCGGCCCCGCAGGAAGACCAAGACCUUGCUCAAGAAAGACAAGUAUUCUCUGCCCGGAGGACUGCUGGCGCCUGGAUCCAACGCCGUCAACAACUCGGUGUCGGUGGGCCAGCGGAUGGACGGUUACGCGCACAUGAACGGCUGGACAAACAGCGCGUACUCCCUGAUGCAGGACCAGCUGGCCUACCCUCAGCAUCACAGCAUGAACAGCCCCCAGAUCCAGCAGAUGCACCGGUACGAGAUGGCCGGCCUUCAGUACCCGAUGAUGUCCUCGGCGCAGACCUACAUGAACGCGGCGUCCACCUACAGCAUGUCCCCGGCGUACACGCAACAGACCACCAGCGCCAUGGGGCUGAGCUCCAUGGCGUCCGUGUGUAAGACGGAGCCGAGCUCGCCGCCGCCGGCCAUCACGUCCCACUCUCAGCGGGCGUGCUUGGGGGACCUGAGGGACAUGAUCAGCAUGUACCUGCCCCCCGGCGGGGACAGCGCGGAGCAUUCCUCCCUGCAGAGCAGCCGGUUGCACAGCGUCCAUCCACACUAUCAGACCGCAGGGACUGGCGUCAACGGGACGCUACCUCUCACCCACAUCUGAAUGAUAAAUAGUAAGAAUAAUAAUGGUAAAAAAAGACUUUUAAAAAAUGUACUUCGGAUACUUGAACUUCUUUUGAUUGCUGCAGAAAGAACGUUCAGCAGAAUCGUUCAAGAACAGUUUUAUCUGAAAAUCCUGUCCGUUUGAUGAACUUUAAAUGGACCCAAACUGAACGCUGAGCCCAGCUCCGCCGAGGCUUUUCAUCACAAGUAGAAGCAAUCAAUCUGUGUAGAAGAAUUGGACUUCUAUAUUUUAAAUAAAUGCCAUAUUUUCUCUCUUUGAAAAGGCAUGUGGCCUCGUGUAGGGGCUGGCGUAUUUCAGAAAAAAAAAGCUGGAUGGACAGUCUGUUCAUAAAUGUUUACACUUAAUUUGUAGAAUGUCAGUCGUCUCCACUGUGUUCACAACCUUCAUAAUCCCUUUCUGUUUUUAUUUUUAUUUCCUUCCCAACAUGAACUAGGUUUAAAUAAAAGACUGUGCCGGUCGCAAACGCAAGUUUUAUUUAUAGAAAGAUUUCUGUUUUUCCUUCUCUAGCUUGUGCAGCCCGUGAAACUAUUCAAGAACUUUUUUUUUUUUUUGAAUUUUUGUUUUUUGUAAAUUUGUUUUGUUCAGUGAUGGGUUUUUUUUUUUUUGACAUGUGUCAUGUUUACCCAUUUAUCCUGAACGAAAAAGGUUUAUUUAAACUGACGUUUCUACAUAUUUUAAGACCAUCCUCUAUUCUUAAAAGCUGAAUAAAUUUUUACGAAACGUAA